AUGGCGGAUCAGGUGCCUCCGGGGGUGAACAUGCCCAAGAAGCGUGACCCGCGUUUGCGACAGAUGCAGGCGCCGCAGCAGCAGAAGUUCUUCGACUCCGCCGAUUACGAGGUGCGCAAGCAGCAGCAGCAGCAGCGCGACUCUCAGCAACCAUUGCAGCAUCCCUCACACUGUCAGAUGCCGCCAAACGGCAUCCCACGUCGCGGAUCGGGGGACGGGCCGCACCCUGGCGCGGCAGACGAUGGCGCACAUCGCGGCAAGAACCCGCCACCUCCUCCGUUGCCAGAUGGCUACGCAGUUCCGGGUGUCCGACGAGCGCCUUGUUAA